GUCGUACAAGACCACAAGUCAUCCUUUUGCAAGCCCUAAAAUUUCAAUACCAACGCAGCGGUUCACAGAUAACUGUAGGGACACAAGGAGAUCUGAAAAUCGGAGCAUAAUUCAGACCAUGACGGAUUACGAAGAAAGAUACGAGGGUAACGGUGAAGAUGUUGAAACCUUUGACGGCGGCUCCUCGCCUCAGGCUAGAGCUAACAGCCACGGCGGCGGCACCGAUGAUUUCAGUGAUUCUAAGUCACAGCGUGGCUCUCGUGACUAUGAAAGAGAGUCUUCAAAAAGCAGGUCAAAAGACAGGGAAAGAGGGCGUGAAAAGGACAGAGAAAGGGAUAGAGACAGAGACAAAGAUAGGGAAAAAAGCAAAGACAGGGACAGGGAUAGGGAGAGAGACAAAGAUCGUGAUCGUGAUCGACACAGGGAUCGUUAUAGAGAACGAAGUGAGAGAAGGGAAAGAGGAAGAGAUAGAGAUGAUGAUGAUUAUCACAGAAGUCGAGAUUAUGACAGAAGGAGAGAUUAUGAUAGAGAUAGAGAGGAUAGACAUAGUAGACGCAGGUCUCGUUCUCACUCAAGAGCCAAAUCUGAACAUAGAUCAAGGUCCCGGUCUCGUUCACGAUCCAAAAGCAAAAGAGUUAGUGGAUUUGACAUGGCACCUCCAGCUUCUGCACUUUUGGCUGGUGCUGCAGCUGUUACUGCAGCCGCUUUUUUGUACAAGGAAGAAUCAGUGCAAAAUGGUCAGAUCCCUGGUGCCACCCCCACAAUUCCUGGAAUGUUCCAGAAUAUGUUCCCUUUGGCAGCUGGUCAGUUUGGAGCUCUUCCUGUUAUGCCAGUUCAAGCAAUGACUCAGCAGGCUACUAGACAUGCAAGGAGGGUUUAUGUUGGUGGGCUUUCUCCAACUGCUAAUGAACAGUCUGUGGCAACCUUUUUUAGCCAUGUGAUGUCAGCAAUUGGUGGAAAUACUGCUGGUCCAGGUGAUGCUGUUGUGAAUGUGUACAUUAAUCAUGAAAAGAAGUUUGCAUUUGUGGAAAUGAGAUCUGUUGAGGAAGCCAGUAAUGCAAUGGCUUUAGAUGGCAUUAUAUUCGAGGGAGCACCAGUAAAGGUCAGAAGACCAAGUGACUACAACCCUUCACUAGCAGCAACCCUGGGUCCAAGUCAACCUAACCCCAACCUGAACCUGGGUGCGGUGGGUCUAACCCCCGGUUCAGCCGGUGGGCUGGAGGGUCCAGACCGCAUAUUUGUAGGAGGGCUGCCUUAUUACUUCACAGAGGCACAAGUGAGGGAGUUGCUGGAGUCUUUUGGGGCUCUUAGAGGAUUUGAUCUUGUGAAAGAUAGAGAAACUGGAAACUCAAAAGGAUACGCGUUCUGUGUUUAUCAGGACUUAUCUGUUACAGACAUUGCUUGUGCAGCUCUUAAUGGGAUUAAAAUGGGUGAUAAGACACUUACUGUUAGACGCGCUAACCAAGGUCAAACUCAACCUAAGCCUGAACAGGAGAGCGUGCUUUUACAUGCACAACAACAAAUUGCAUUGCAGAGGAUGAUGUUGCAACCGCCUCCUGCCAUUGGGACAACUGCCACCAAGGUUCUAUGUUUAACACAAGUGGUGACUGAAGAUGAACUUAAAGAUGAUGAAGAUUAUCAAGAUAUAUUGGAAGACAUGAAAAUAGAAUGUGGAAAAUUCGGUAGUCUAGUGAAUGUUGUAAUUCCACGCCCUAACCCUACUGGAGAACCAGCACCAGGUGUUGGCAAGGUGUUUUUGGAGUAUGCUGAUGUGGAAAGUGCAGCGAAAGCAAGGGGAGGGUUGAAUGGAAGGAAAUUUGGAGGGAAUCAAGUGGUGGCGAUUUUUUAUCCAGAGAAUAAGUUCAACCAGGGAGACUAUGAAGGAUAAUAAUAAUACUAUUAUUAAUAAUAAAUAGUCUUGUUUGAUUGUAUUACUAGCUUUAAAAUGUCCUGUUUUACAUUUUGCUUUAUUUAGAAACAUAUUAGAUGUGUAAUGUUUGUUUUUGACGUUUGGUAAGAGUUGUUAUUACUCUCUUGACUUUCACCAAGAAACGAGUAAUGUGAGUGAGAUUAGUGGUUUUGGUUACUUGUAUGUCUUGUUUGAUCGAAG